GGGGCUAAUGUGUGGUAGACUUCAGGAUUCUUCCUGUUAAUAUUUAAUGGCUAUGUGAUUCACAGCAAGUUGAGUACUGGCUUUACUCCACUUCAUUUUAGUUCACAAGAAGGCAGCUCAUGUGAACAUUUUCCCCUCUUACCACAGGUUUCAAAGCUGCACAAGGAGGAAGAGAAUAAGCUAAGUGAAGUAGGACAUUUGUUGGGCAAAAGAGAAACAUGCUGCUGCCUUGGGUUCGUUUGGUGAUAUGCGUCAGUACAGUGGGUACUCUUAUCAAAGUAGAGGCCAACGAGAACAGAGAGGCAGAUUGGCACAACUAUGGCUAUCUGAAAGAAGUUCUACACAACUUGACUCUCGGUGACCAUGUUGCAUUUCCCAGGAAUGCCACUGGCUUGUUGAUUCACAUGCUCUGGGAUCGAGUACAAUGCACAGAAAGAACGGGGAACACAGUCAGGCAGUGUGACCAGUGUCUUUCACCGGAGUAUCUCUUGUCAUUUGUGGAAGGAACGGCAGAGGACGAACUUAAUGAAGAUGCCUUUCACAGAAUAUCUGUUAUCCUUCUUUAUUAUAUAAUUAACAUGAAAGACGUCUGCUCUUCAAAAACUCUUCCGACCACCAAGAAUUACAAAUUCUACCUCAAAGGCAUUUUAAGUUUAAUACCGGAAGAAAAUUCACAAUAUCUUUCCCACAAUGAAGUUAGCAAACUUUUGGAAAUCAUUCAGGAGCAUUAUACAGUUUCCUCAUGGAGUCAGUGCGUUGAUGCAGAAUGGUUAGAGAAGGAGACUGGAAUCAUAGAUACCCAAGAGGCUGAUGAGCACAGCACCCCUCCUCUGGCUGCUGCUCUCAUUACCUACAUCCUGCAAGGACUGUGCAUUGAUAACUCACACUUACCCAGUCCAGACUUCUUCGUCGACUUUAUUUUCGAUUUCUUAAACAGCACGAACAGUAUGAGUACCGCAGACUUGAAUCAUCUCCUGAAGCAACUGGGUUUGGGAAAGCACCUUGAAUCACACUCACAUCACAACCAGGCAGACCUGAGAAGCAUGAAUACACACCGCAGAAACUCCAACGGUCUACACCGAAAACUAAGACAUGAAGACCAUAAUGACCAUGCACAUGUUAAUGGUAAAUUCACGUGGACAAAGGUUUGCUUUUCUGGUGAGAAGCUAGUGGAAAUUUUCCUAAAUGGCAAUGAAUCUGCAAUUUCAAAAGAACACUUCAGCCACAUCAGUCCAGCUAUUAUUCAGCAGCUGCUCAGUGGAGCUUGUCAACACAGUGAAGAGGAACAUAUGCAAUCCAGGGUUCCACCAACUAUUGCCGAGAAAUAUGGAUAUAGUACAGUGGCUGUCGCUAUCAUCACUGUGGGUUCAAUGUGCGGCAUCACACUAAUUGCUUUCAACUCUUGCAAUGAGCUAUACAAACUCAUUCUGCAGCUGUUUGUAGGCACCGCUGUUGGUACACUCUCAGGUGAUGCACUGUUGCAUCUUUUACCACAGAUUCUUGACCUACAUGGACACGAACCUGGGCAUGAACAUGAGCAUGGGCCAGGGGAGUCUGACCAUUUUGCUGAAGGCAAAGAGUACCUCUGGAAAAUGCUUGGUGUAAUUGGAGGAAUCUAUGGCUUUUUUCUAAUUGAGAAACUAUUCAUUCUCAUCGUGACGUUGAGGGGUCAGACUCAUUCCUUUGCAACUGGACACUUGGGGCAUUCCCAUGAUCUUCCAUUGGUAUCAAACUUGAACAGUCAAACAGAGAGGAAUAAAUCUAUUUCCACCAUGCAAUUGGGAAAUCCAGAAGAUUCAGAAAAUACUGAAGUGGCCACCAAUGAGGCAGCAAACAUUGAGUUUGAGAAUGACAAAAAGAACGGGUUGAACAUGCUGGCUAUCAUGAUCUUGGUUGGAGACGGGCUGCACAACUUUGCUGAUGGCCUGGCUAUUGGUGCAGCUUUUUCAUCUACAGUUGAGACUGGUAUUGCUACCACCAUUGCUAUUUUGUUCCACGAGAUUCCUCAUGAAAUGGGGGAUUUUGCUGUACUGCUGAACUCCGGCUUAACUGUAAAGGUUGCGAUGUUGAUGAACUUUAUUAGUGCAUUAACGGCCUUCGUUGGACUCUACAUUGGACUCUCUCUGUCAACCGACCCCUCUGUUCAACAGUGGAUUUUUACUGUCACAGCAGGGAUGUUUCUCUACCUGUCAUUGGUAGAAAUGUUGCCCGACAUGACCCAUGUUCAAUCAACAAAGCCCUGGUUGAUGUUCAUUUUUCAGAAUAUUGGAUUGCUAUUGGGAUGGACUUGUCUUCUGCUUCUUGCCUUGUAUGAAGAUAGGCUUAUAAUAUAGAAUGAUUUUAAUACUCUCCCAGAGGGGAGGAUGAAUGUUCCACAGAAUAUCCAAUUUAUAUCAUUGAUGCACUGUCCUUUUGAAAUGAAAACUAUAUUAUUUUCCUAGACAGAAACAGGGUUUAAAUUUACAUACAUAGUGUGAUUAGGAAAGAAGUGUCAUUCAGAAUGGUCAAUGAAACAUCCCAUUUUUUUGGUGAUUGUGUUUUGUGAACUUUACAGCAACCCAAAUCGGAAUCAUUUUUACAAAAAACAAGUGUAUUUUUGAUACAUUUGUUAGCAAUGAAGAUUUCACCUAUUGGAGUUAUGAAGCAAAACUGAGCUUGAGCCAAAUCAUUUAAAAUAAUAAUGUUUAGAACAAGUUUGCUGCAAAAAA